AUGGAUAUUCACUGCAAAGUAGACCCGUUCUCAGCGAUGCACCUCUCCCAUAUAGGGCACGGCGGUGUGAACCAGCUGGGCGGGGUGUUUGUCAACGGCAGACCCCUACCUGACGUGGUGAGGACAAGAAUCGUAGAACUCGCCCACCAAGGAGUGAGACCCUGUGACAUUUCGAGACAACUACGGGUCAGCCACGGCUGUGUCAGCAAAAUACUGGGCAGAUACUACGAGACCGGCAGUAUAAAGCCAGGAGUUAUUGGUGGGUCCAAACCAAAAGUGGCGACUCCAAAGGUUGUGGAUAAAAUAGCGGACUACAAGCGCCAGAAUCCGACCAUGUUCGCGUGGGAAAUCAGAGACAGACUGUUAGCUGAGGGCGUCUGUGACAACGACACGGUUCCAAGCGUCUCGUCCAUUAACAGGAUAAUACGAACAAAAGUCCAGCAGCCUUUCCACCCGUCUCCAGAUGGAACAUCCCUGUCUGCACCGGGCCACACCAUGGUACCGAGCCAGGCCUCUCCACCUGUAACAAGCCCUUCCAACGACCCUGUGGGGUCCUACUCCAUCAACGGCAUCCUGGGUAUUCCCCGGUCAAACGGCGAGAAGAGGAAACGAGAUGAAGAUGGUUCAGAUGGGUCUGGCCCAAACACUGAUUCUCAGGUUAGUGUGGACAGUUUACGGAAGCACCUGCGGGCCGAUGCUUUCACUCAGCAGCAGCUGGAAGCUUUGGACCGGGUCUUUGAACGCCCGUCGUACCCCGACGUCUUCCCAACCUCGGAUCACAUCAAACCAGAACAGGCUAACGAGUACUCCCACUCCCACUCCCUGUCCUCCCUGAAUCCUGGCCUGGACGGCGAGGUCAAACCCAGCCUGUCCUCCAGCAGUAACCAGAACCUGGGCCCCAGUGUCUCUGUGACACAGAGCUACUCUGUAGUAACGGGUCGAGACAUGGCCAACACAACCCUACCGGGUUAUCCCCCUCACGUACCCCCCACCGGCCAAGGCAGCUACCCCACCUCAACACUGGCCGGAAUGGUUCCUGGGAGUGAGUUUACAGGAAACCCUUACAGCCAUCCACAGUACACAACCUACAACGAGGCUUGGCGGUUCAGCAACCCAGCGUUACUAAGUUCCCCUUAUUAUUAUAGUGCCACAUCCAGAGGUUCCGGACCACCUACUGCUGCCACGGCAUAUGACCGCCACUAG